ACAUCAUCGUACGCUCCUCAUGCCCUCUUCCGCCAUCCGUUCCCUAGGCAGGUCGUUCUCCCUCUUCCAACCUUGCUUGAUUGGGUGGAGAAGCCAAAAGUUUCGCCUCCUCCCUUUUGCACAGUGUGUCCCCACUCUAUGGAACCCAUUGAAGCUAAGGUCAAUUGGACGUAGAACCAUUCUGUACCCCGUCCUCGAGGCCGUGGGCCAGCGCAGAGAAGAGGACAAGAGGAAGACAAGCCAGUGCCCGACCCGCGAGAAAACGAGCACAUGUACCGUAGAAGACGUGUGUAAUGCUCUACAUCUACAUUAGGUGCAUGUAUGGAAGGAUGGAUGCCGGAGUAAGCACGAACUUCCUCCAUCCACAUGGUGCGUACUAACUAAGUCUCGGACGUGUUGAGCCUGUCUCAGUGUGAUUGCCUCGGCAAAUACGACGAACCUCCCGAAGAACGAAGCCGACGCGUUUCCUGGACAUUCACAUCGAAUUCAAGGAGUGCCAAUUGCCCAGUGAGCAAACACUGGGGUGUCGAUCCCCUUGUCACACCUCAAUGUGUCUUCCAUCCAAAUUUGAAACCCCCCAAUAGGCCACGUGAAAUCCGGGGAUAUCCAGGAAUUACCAAGUGUCAAGUGUUUGGAUUCUCAUUCAAGUAAACCCCGUUCCGUGCUGAUUCUCUGAGGGUCUGUGGGUUGAAGUACAGAUUUGACGUGUGGCUCAUUGGACGAUAAUCAAGGACCAUGAAUUUUCUGAAAAGGGCGACCAAUAAAGUGUCUGAGAAGCUUCAUAGUGGGAGUAGCUUCGAAGGUCGUACCUUCGUUCAUGGACAUCUUCUCAUUGAAAUUCGUGCAGCUCGCAAUCUGCCCGAUCUUGAAGGAUGGGUCUCAAAGUUGGUCGAUAAGAAAGAUGUGACCGAUCCUUUUGUGGAUGUCCGUUUGGGGAAGGCGAAAAUCGUGAAAUCGUCCGUGAUCAACAACGAUUUGAAUCCGGUGUGGGAUGAGGAUUAUCGAGUGGAGGUGUGCCAUUUUGCCGAGGAGCUCGUGUUCGAGAUCAGGGAUAAAGAUCACGCUGUGACUGAAUUCAUUGGAUCGGUGGUGAUCCCGACUUCGGCCUUGCUCUCGGGCGAGACCAGAGAGGGAUGGAUGCCGAUCAAGAAGAAGAGUGGAUCUCAUAAUGGGCAACUCAACUUGAGUGUCACUUUCGUGUCCAAAGUUUCCAUUGAAAGAACGUACGAAGUGCCUGCGUAUUUCAAAAUGCAGAGAAACAACAAGGUCACGAUGUAUCAAGACGCCCAUUGCCCGCCUGACUUGCCAAAGUUGGCGGACCUUACUUACCCCGAUGGAACUCCGUAUCGCCCUCAAUCAUGCUGGACUGACAUGUAUUAUGCCAUGAUGGAGGCCCAACAUCUGAUUUGCAUCACCGGUUGGUCCGUUUGGGACAAACUCCAACUCUUCCGCGGUCAAGACUUGAACAAGGACAACCGCACCCUCGGUGAGAUACUUAUUGCCAAGGCCGAGGAAGGAGUCAAGGUGUAUGUUAUGGUCUGGUCUGAGAAGACGUCGGGUGAUAUCGUGGGUGAAAAAGGAGUGAUGGGCACCCAUGAUAUGGAAACCUAUCGCCGCUUCAAGAACACCAAAGUCAAGUGUGCCUUAGCUCCCAGAGAGCUGUCCAUCAACGAGUUCACCGAUGUACUUCAGAACGAAUUCAGCUCUGGGGCGUACACCCAUCAUCAAAAGAGUGUGAUUUGUGAUGCGGCAAAUCCCUAUGGCUCGUUGCGGAGAUUGGUGGCCUUUGUGGGCGGACUGGAUUUGACUGGAGGUCGAUAUGACACGCCUGAAUUCCCGCUCUUCACCACGCUCUUGAACGAGCAUUAUGGAGACUUCCGGAACUCGUAUGCCAAAAGCGUUCCCCCGGAACAAGGCCCAAGAGAGCCGUGGCACGAUAUCCACAGUAAAGUGGAGGGUCCUGUGGCCUUUGACGUGUUCGUGAAUUUCUACGAGAGGUGGGAGAAACAGGGCAAAAAGUACGGCGAUUUGGAAAUGCUGGAUCGCUCCAUCAUCGAUCCCAUGGCUCCCGCUCCCGUGGAUAAUCCGGAUAAAGCUUGGAACGUGCAGUUGUUCCGCUCGCUUACGUCUGAUUCAGCCGUCUUUGAUCAGGAAAAGAUUAAAAUCCUGAAUGGCAAGAAAGGGAGAAUGAUCGAGGCCUCAAUUGCCCAGGCUUACGUGCAAUCGAUCCGAAACGCGGAAAACUUCUUGUACUUUGAGAACCAAUAUUUCUUGGGCUCUGCUUACUCCUGGUUGCAAAACGACGAUGUCAAUUGCCAUCACACGAUCCCCUCCGAAAUUGCCCAGAAAGUGGUGGACAAGAUCUAUCAGAACCAACGAUUCUGUGCCUACAUCGUUAUCCCCAUGUUUCCCGAAGGUGAUCCAGCCAGUGCGCCAAUCCAGGAGAUCCUCUAUUGGCAAACCCGGACCAUUGAGAUGAUGUACCGCCGGGUGGGCGAGGCUCUCAAGCAAACGGGUAACACGUCGCACCCAACUGACUGGUUGAUUUUCAUGUGUCCCGGCAAAAGAGAAGGUCCAGGUCCACAUUUGGAUCAGCUCGAACCUCCCACCGAGACCAUGGCCGCCAAGCUCCGAAAAUCUCUACGUCUGCCCAUUUACGUUCAUUGCAAGAUGCUCAUCGUGGACGACGCUUACAUCAUCAUCGGUAGCGCCAACAUCAAUCAGCGAUCCAUGGCUGGCAGUCGCGAUACGGAAAUGGCCGUGGGAUGCUGGCAACCGGCCUUCCCCGAGCAUAGCCCUUUCGGCGACGUUCACAUGUUCCGGAUGGCUCUGAUGGUUUCGCAUUUGUGCGUUAAUGACCCGGUUCUUCGCUAUCCGGGAACCAUGGAUUGUGUACAAAAGAUCAAAGAACUUUGCUAUUACAAUUGGCAAAUGUACAUUGGUCCCGAGGGAUCGGUCUGCCCUGGGAUGUUGUUACCCUACCCCCUGAACAUCAUGCAAGAUGGUUCAAUCGAAUACUUGGAUGGUGUGGUGAGCUUCCCGGAUUUCCCGGAAGGGGCCAAAAUCAUGGGAAAACGAAGUGCCAUGAUCCCACAGAAAGUUACAACGUAAACAACAUCGAUUUCAAAAUGCCAAUCCCUCUUUUUUUACAUUGAUAUUUUAUUACCUUCUGAGGUGAUGGCGUGUGCUUCAUGUAAAUGUAUGAGUAUACACCUAAAUGAUGCUAAAGAAAAAGGGACUCACUACUUCCGUCCAGUUACGGCUGUCUGUCUUCUUAUCCAUUUUCUCCACACAAUUUGAAUCCGGCAAAAAACCAACGGAGUCCUGUUUGUGAACACGCUUGAUCACUGCUUUUUAACGACUUGAAAUAAACGAACAAGUUUGA